GUUCCGCCCUGUUGGGGAGGGGAAGUGCUUGGUCCCGCCCCAGCAGCGUGCCUGUUUGUGAAAGCUGGAGUGUACCAAGCAACAUGAGGAGAGAGAGUUGUGGCAGUCUAGGGAAUGAAAGACUGCGGAGGGCUCAAAUUCAAGGCGUCACCAUAGCCGAGGAGAUGGAGAGAAUCCGGAAGGUUCCCGAUUGUUCACCUGCUCAAGGGCUGUCUUAUGAGAUACAUUGCGUGGUAGCAGGCCAGGGAGUUAGUUGGUCAGCUGAAUUGGAGGAAGAUUUUCCUUGUUCUUGGCAAUGGCAUGGUGACCUCUUGCUGCUGAAUGAGGACUGCUUCCAAACCAAGCAUUGGGGAAAACUGGGACCAGAACUCUGGGAGACUGUUGCAGUGACACGUGAAAUCCAGGGUUUAGCAAAACGAAGGUGGCUAUCACUGUACCACACUUACACUCCAACAGUGUGCUGCUGGGUGAACAUGGCUGGACAGAACAUGUGGAUAAUGGUAUCAGGUUGGGGUAAACAGGGUGAUAAUGAUUAA